CUUGUCUCUCUCUCACACUUCCGCCAUGUCUCUCCGCCUCUCCCGGUACAUCUCCCCUCUUCCCCUUAUCGCAUUCCCUUCACUGUAACUCUCUCUCCCUGCAUCUAUUUCUGAGUCUCUCUCUCUCUCUCUCUCUCUCCCUUUGCCCUGCUGACGUCUGUCUAUUUGCCUCUCCCCCUCAGCCGUUCUCAGUUUUUCCGCUGCCGGUCUCCCGGGGACAGUCCGUUUGAUUUCCUCCGUUCCUCAAGGCGGUGCUGAACCACGUCUCUCUUCACCCUUUGGUGUUGUUUCAGCUUCGCCGUCGAGCUCCUGCUGCAAGGACCGCUGCCGCCUUCGCUUCCUCUUCUCUCUCAUCCCGACCGCAGGAAGGCUCCCAGCUUGGUGAACACAGCAACAUCUCCGACAGUAGUCAUACUGCACUGAAAACACUGCUUCAAGAUAAAUUUCCAAAACACAGUAAAGUUGCCCUGUUUAAAAGAAAACACUUAGCUGCUGUACUGCUGUGAGCUCCUCCACACAGUUUUCUCCACGGUGUUUUGACUAAGAAGUAUCAACCUGUCUUCAGACCUCUGACAAAGCAUUCCUCCUCAACGGCCCACCAGCAGAUUGCAGAGCACUUUCCUAGAAACAAAAAAGAGAGAAAAUUGCCCUGUUGAAUAAGCUGUGACAAUGUCAACAAACAACAUCGCUCAAGCAAGGAAAAUGGUGGAACAGUUAAGGAUUGAAGCUGGCAUUGAGAGGAUCAAGGUAUCAAAGGCAGCUGUAGAUUUGAUGAACUACUGUGAACAGCAUGCAAGGAAUGACCCAUUGCUUGUUGGAGUCCCAGCCUCUGAAAACCCCUUCAAGGACAAAAAACCUUGCACCAUUCUAUAGCUGCUACCAGCCAUCUUUUCUCAAACUGACCACAGCAUCAGAGGACCUGCCAAGAAUUUCUAUUGGUAAUCAAAUCUUGAGGAGCAAAUGCAGCUUCUGAAAUGCAGGACCGCUGUGGAAAUGUGUUAUAAAAAUAUGGGGAAAAGAAGUUGAAUUCUGUUUGUUUGUCAGCUAAACAUGUUUCUGGAAGUGAAGGAAAGAAGAUAUUAUGGGAAAUAGAAUUGAAAAAUGAUUGCUAUUUUGGACUUCUAUGAUAGAUUUUCUGAUUGUAAUAUUGAGAUCUUAGGUUUAGAAAAAACUCGGCAAGGAUAUUUUUGCCUAAAAAUUCUUUUUAAAAAAAUUAAAGGUUUAUGUAUAAAGAGUGUACAUUUGGAAGAUGAUGCUAUAGUUUGGGCAAUAACAUUAAGCAAAGGGAGCAAUUGGCUGCUUUCAUUGCAUUUUUAAAUGUCACAUUGUUCAUCUUUAUUGUCAUUAGUAGUGUAGUUUUACUUAUUCCACCUUUUAAAUUUUAUAUUUACACUCCCAAAGUACUUGCCAAGGUAACCAAUAUAAAUAAUCAAUAUCUUAUUCAUUUUUCUUCAUCUGUUUUCUUAAUAAAACCUCCUAGUUAUUACAUAAUCAUAAUGAAGCCCAAACUGCAGAAUAACUUACAAUUGUUGUGCUAAAAUCUACUAGGUAAAAUUGAAAUUUGUGAGUUUAGCAGAUGCAAAUAUUUCAUACCCUCAAAAGCAACACCAGUGGACCAAAUGCAACCCACAUGGCAUGCAUGUGGAUGUAGGCAACUUGUUUCUCCUAUCUCUGAGCAUAAAACUGUCUUUAUUGCCAUGAGAGUAUAUGCACAUAGUCUUUGAUGAACCUAAACUAAUCUGUAUUAUAAUUAAACAUAAAAUGUUUCACUAAGUCAUGCUGCUAAUUUUAAAACUUCGAGAAAUCAUGCUUAUUGAAUUUUUAUUUGAAGCUUAAAUUCUGAUCCAGUAUUUGUGGUAUUGUUCUCAUUAUGCAGUUACAAUAAUGAGAAGAAUCUUCUCUGUGGUACGACAGCUGCAGUUUGAAAAAACUUCUGGAAUGUCAAUUUAAAACUAAAGCAAAGGUUAAGAAAGAAAUAUUUGCCAUAUACCAAGUGAGCCAAUGCUCUUCACUUGUUCUUGUUCAUAACAACAAACCCCUUGAGGAUUACAAACUGUUGUCGCGUGCCAAAAUCCAUCAAAUUGCCAAGUAAUUUAUGACACAGAGAAGUGUUAUAGAACUGUAGAAACCACAAUUUUGAUUUUUUAAAAAUUUUGAUAUUGUAUUGAAAGACAUAGUGUAAAACAUUUGCCAAGAUUUUUGUUUAAUGUCUUUAAACAGGUUGCAUGUGCGUUGUAAAACUUCCAGCUGCCUCGCAUUGUUCCCUUUUAUUCUCAGCUGUUCAGUGUUAGUUAAGCUUGCCAUGAAUUUAAUUAAAACCAUUUCUUGAACCACA